AUGCGUAAGUGCAAAGUGUUUGUUGGAACGUCCCACCCCGAGUUGGGAAAACUAGUGUGUGAUCGUCUUGGCGUGGAGCCUGCGCCUUGUACAUUGAAGAAGUUCUCCAAUGGAGAAACCUCAGUGCAAAUUGGUGUUUCGGUGAGAGAUGAGGACGUCUACAUUAUCCAGUCGGGCUCUCCCGAGAUCAACGACCACAUCAUGGAGUUACUCAUUUUGAUUCUGGCCUGUCGUGGCGGAUCGGCGUCAAAGAUCACCGCCGUGAUUCCCCAGUUUCCUUACUCCAAGCAGAGUAAGAUGAAGAAGCACAGAGGCGCCAUUACUGCCCGUAUGUUGGCCAACUUGUUAAUCAUGGCUGGUGCAGACCAUGUGGUGUCGAUGGACUUGCACGCCUCGCAGAUGCAAGGCUUUUUCACUAAGCCAGUGGACAACUUAUAUGGAGCACCCACAUUGGCCAGAUGGAUCAGACACAACAUCCCCGACUGGGAGAAUGCCGUGGUUGUGUCGAAGAACCCCGGUGGAACAAAGAGAGUCACAGCAUUGGCUGACUCCUUGAAGAUCAACUUCGCCAUGAUUCACACUGACAGACGUAGAACCCAGGACAACUUUCAGAAGACGAAACACCUUAAGGCUGCCACCGACGACGAGGCCAACAAUAUCGGCAGCGAGAUGCAGACUGCCCGUGUGGUAAAGGGCCAUGUGGUGGACGACGACUAUCCAGACUCGCAGACUGCUACUACACCUUCUCCCUUGGCUGAUAGCGAUGUGUUGGGAGGAACUUUCGAUGCCACCAACAGUGACGACGAAGACGAGCCCAUGUCGAUCGAACAGGAGAAAUUGAUUACGUUAGUGGGUGAUGUCCACGAUAAGGUGGCCAUUAUUUUGGAUGACAUGAUCGACAAGCCCAACCUGUUCAUUGCUGCUGCAGAGCAUUUGCGGUUGAACUGUGGAGCUAAGGCUGUGUACGUGGUGGGUACUCACGGAGUGUUCUCAGAUACUUGUUUGGAGGAGUUGAAUGCCUCCAAGUACAUCGACAACAUCGUGGUGACUAACACGUACCCAAUUGAUGAGAAGAGAAGAGUUGCCAACUCCAAGUUGGUUGUGAUUGAUGUUUCGCCCAUUUUCGCCGAGUGCAUCCGCAGAGAUCACUUUGGAGAGUCCAUUUCGGUCUUGUUUGACUCACUUGCGGCCAUUGAGUAG